AUGAAGCUCUUCACUCCAGCCUUCCUCCUUGCAACAGCUACAAGAUCCCUUGCAUACCAUGUAGAUGGAACGUGUAGCAAAGACGUGGAAAAUAAAGCAGGAAGUGGCGCCAAGCAUGUUGCACAUAUGAAAGCGAGAAUGGAAGAAGCGGUGCUGGUUUUACAAAAUACUGCGAAGACCGCAGCAAUUUGUGCAUCACCUGAUAAUUUCGACUCAGGGCCUGACUCUGGGUGUGACUGCAAGCAAUCGGAUGAUGGAUUGCAACAAUGGUGCGAUCAAAAUGGAAAAGAAAGGGUGGUAAAUAUUGUGAAGGGACUGCUUGGCAAUGUCGACACAACGACGUGGGAGGCAAUUUACUCUGCUACGGGCGAUGUGGCUAAUGCCACGGGACAAUUCGCAGAUCCAGAUGCAGAAGAUACAAAACAUUUAAGAGUCUAUUAUGGAGACGAACAGUUUCAGAACCCACCAUCAGACCAAUUUAAUUUGUGGCAAGACACAUCUACAGGACGAGAGUUUAUGCUUGGCGCGGGGGAUGCCAAAGGAAAAAAGCAGAAACCAUGUGAGAGAAACAAGAAUGGCGAGCAGAGCCUCACGAUUGGUGUUACCGGGUUGGCUAUCAGCUCAGUGUUUGUGCAUGAGCUCAUUCAUACAGAUAACCAGCAACAAUUUCCGGGCCAAAUUGCCAAGGGAAUACCUGAGCAAUACAGGUAUACCGAUUGCACAAAACUUGCCAACAACCAUAACCCUGCGAGAUGGAAGAAUUGUGACACAUUCGCGAUGAUCGCACGAGCGAUCUAUAUGAACAACUAUGAGAGUAAUGGCGAAACGUUGGCAAAAUUGCUGGACAAACUUCCCGACGAGGUCAAUACUCCAACCGGUCCAGAGGAACAACCCACGUGA